UUACUAAUUACAAGAUAAGAAUCGACUGGGUUUGAAGUAUAUUUAGUUCCGAAAGCUGUUAUUCUACACAGAGACAUGAAUUUCAGUCAGCGCGUGGACUGAGGUCGUGAAAGUAAACGGAGUAUGAGCGCAUUGAUAGAGGAUGACAUUGACAUCGGAUUCCUAUAGACACCGUGCAUAUAUUUGUCGAUACGGCAUCAAAGGGGCGGAUAAGCCGGUCGCGACUGAUGAGUUGUCUGUAAGAGGAUAAAGUUGUCAAUCUUGUUAUAAAUACCGAACCCGAUCAUUCCGCUCCUGCAGUUGAUUUAGCUCCAGUGAUUUAUCGAACUCCACCAAUGUGUCAUGGCUAUUUGAUACUCGAUGAAUAGUGUUCGCAAAUAAUUCGGAAAACCUGUGGAAAUUUUCGUCACAUCAUUUUUCUUAUGAAAGAAGUUCGAUAUUUGGUUUGAGUGUCCGAUUUAAAAUGAGAGCCUUGAAAGCUUUGAUUUUGUGUUGUUUUAUCUCGAUCUCCGGUAACACUUGUGCUGGAGAGUUGAACUUGAUUCAAGUGAUAUUCAGACACGGUGACAGAACACCUAAUGGUCAGCUCGUAUCCUACUACCCUGCAGACCCGUAUGCAAAUGAGACCUGGUAUCCGGAUGGAUGGGUUAGUCUUACCAAUGUUGGCAAAAGAAGGGCUUACGAUCUCGGUGUCUUUCUGAGAGAAAGAUACGGCAACUGGCUGGGUGACGUUUAUCUCAAAGACGAGGUGGAGUUCAGGAGCAGUACUUACGACAGGACAAUGAUGACGGCGCAGCUCGUUGCCGCUGGACUUUUCCCGCCGAGCGAAAUUCAGAGGUGGCACCCAGAGUUGAAUUGGCAACCGAUACCCGUGUUUUCGGAUCCCAAAUCUACGGCUGAUCUAUACGACACGCGAAAUACGUGCCAGAGACUGGAAGCCAUGCGAGAUGAAUUGACGCGAACCGAUCCACAUUUGCUACAACGCGCCGAAGAAUCGAAGGAAUUCUACGAUUUCCUAACUCCGCAUGUUGGCAAAACCGUGGGACAGCUAGAAACUUGGGCUACUUAUCAUCAGCUUUUGUCGCAGUCCCAUGGAAAUUUGAAAUUACCUGAGUGGACGACGGGCAUUUUUCCGGAAGGGCAAAUGGAGAGGAUUGCCGCUUACCAGUACGUAAUUGAAUCUUACAACAAGUCGAUGAUUCAAUUAGGAGGAGGUCGAUGGGUCAAUGAUUGGUUGAAAAAUGUCGAUAAUUAUUUGAACGAGACGUCAGGCUCGCAGCAAAAGGCGUUAUUCUACGCGGCACACGAAACUAAUAUCGCCUCAAUUCUGGUGGCACUUGGAGUUUUUGAAGAACACGUUCCAUCUUACUGUAGCACGAUCAUAUUCGAACUUUCAAAAGUAGAGGAGGAAUACUACGUCAAGGUUUCGUACAAAGACGGAGAUGUCCUCCAAGAAUUAGUCAUUCCUGGAUGUGAAGUUUCGAAUUGCCCCCUAGAAACGUUUCGGCAAAUGGUGAAAGACGCCAUUUAUACCGGUGAUUUGGAAAUGGCGUGCAGAUUAAAUUAAUGCAUUAGUAAAUACACAAAUUAGUCAUGCACAUUGCAUACUGUAUUUUAAUAAUGGAACAUGGACGUAUCAUCCCUUGAGGAGUCUACGAAAUAAAUAGUAAUCGAGAAUUCUGUACCAAAAUGUUGAAAAAGCUAAAGAUUGAAGUUUAUCUUUUUCCAAGAAGUCUGAUUGUCCCAUACAAGUAUAGAGUAUGAAAUAGCCAAACCUUAAGAAUACGAAGCGACUUACAUCGUAACGUGUAAAUCAAAUAAAAGUUGUCGUCCGAUAAAUAACGAA